GCUAUCCGGCAGCGCAGACUGCUUCAGCUGCCACCGGAUAGCCUUUACUGUGCCCCGUGUGGUCCACUGACGAUCACUUACCUGUCCUCUUCGGGAUCCCCUGCAUCGUCAGCGCUCUCUAUCGUCGUCAUCACGUCGCUGUGCACGCCAUCCCGUCAUCCAAUAGGAGCGGCGUGCGUAGCGACGUGAUGGCGGCGACGGAGAGAGAAGAUGCCGGGGAAGCAGAGGCCUUGCCGGAGCGUCGGGGACAUCACGGGGACGCAGCGACAGCGAUGGACGGCGACAUCCGGGGCAGCGGUGACGGUCCGGAGCAGCGGGGACAGGUUUCUACUUUAUAAGUUCAUCUGCUGAUAUCUUCUAUAUAAGAGAAUUCUCCUGGAUGACCCAUCAACCAUGGAGAGAGACAGGAACAAGAUGGCCGACAGGAUCAUAAACCUCACCCUACAGAUACUCUUCCGGCUUACUGGAGAGGAUUACACAGUAGUGAAGAAGUCCUCUAGUGGGCGCUGUCGGGCCCCUGUGUGUAAAGAAUGGGGAAGAACCCUGAGCCCAAUCCCGGGGCCCCCACCUCACUCCCUGAUAGAUGAGGAAAUGGAUGAACAGAAGAUCCUAGAGCUCAUCAACAAGAUGAUGGAGCUGCUGACUGGAGAGGUUCCUAUAAGGUGUCAGGACGUGGCGGUCUAUUUCUCCAUGGAGGAGUGGGAGUAUGUAGAAGGACACAAGGAUCAGUACAAGGAUCAGGUCAUGAUGGAGGAUCAGCAGCCCCUCACAUCACCAGUCAGAUCCAGGAAGAGAACAGCACCAGAGAGGUGUCCCCGUCCUCUUCUUCCACAGGAUGAUCAGGGAGAAGAUCCGAGUGAUAUUAAUGCAAUAGACAUAAUAGUAAAAGAAGAGACCUAUAUGUGGGAAGACGAGCAGUAUACGGAGGGCAACUCUACAGGGAAAGAUCUGAACUAUAUUGAUGAUCCAGACACAAUAGUAAAAGAGGAGACCUAUUUGUUGGAAAAUGGGCAGUAUAUGGAGGACAUUCCUACAGAUGAUGGUACCAGGAGCAAAGAGGGACAUCUGCUACCCUCAGAUUUUAAUGCAAAUGGUCAUGGUGUCGCACAAGAUACAUAUGAAGAUCAUUUCAAUAUCCCAUAUAUACCAUCAGCCCUACAAAGCGAAGAUCCAUCACCUGAUCCCUUCAUACCAGUCCUAUCUUCUGAUUCUUCCACAAGGAAGAAGCCAUAUUCAUGUUCAGAAUGUGGAAAACGUUUUACUAUGAAAUCCAAUCUUCUCAGACACAUAAGAACUCACACAAUGGAGAGGCCAUAUUCAUGUUCAGUAUGUGGGAAAUGUUGUUCUCAGAAAUCAGAUCUUGAUAGACAUCAGAGAGUUCACACAGCAGAGAUGCUGUAUUCAGAAUAUGGGAACCAUUAUGGCGUGAAACCAAAUCUGGUCCAACAUCGAAAACCUCGCAAAGGGGAGAAGCCGUUUUCGUGCUCAGAAUGUGGGAAACGUUAUAGCGUUAAGUCAACUCUUAUGGAGCAUCAGAGAAUGCACACAGGGGAAAAGCCCUUUACCUGUCCACUAUGUGGGAAAUGUUUUACCCGGAAAUCAAAUCUUGUUGAACAUCAAAAAACUCACACGGGAGAGAAGCCAUUUUCAUGUUUGGUAUGUGGGAAAUGUUUUAAUGUAAAAUCAAAUCUGGUCAGGCAUCAGAGAAUUCACGGGGUGGCGAGGCCAUUUUCAUUUUAAAAGUGUGGGGAAGGAAAACUUUUUUUUUUAUUGUUUCCCUGACAAAAUAGUAGAUAGCAAAAAUCCAGACGUUAGAGUUGCGUGUCAUAAAAGAGAAAGUGAAAGCAAUUUGGAAAUGAAGAAAUGUAUUUAAUUACCAGUUAAUGUCUGUUUAGUUGUCCAUACUUUCAAUAACGGUUGUUGCUCCCAUACAAAUGAAUGUUAGUUUGUCAGUUAUUCCUCCCAACCUCCCCCAUAUACAUGAACGCUCCUUUGGCCAACAGUUAUUUCUACUGACCACCCCCAUAUACAUGAACGCUCCUUUGGCCAACAGUUAUUCUACUGACCACCCCCAUAUACAUGAACGCUCCUUUAGCAGACAGUUAUUUCUACUGACCACCCCCAUAUACAUGAACGCUCCUUUAGCAGACAGUUAUUUCUACUGACCACCCCCAUAUACAUGAACGCUCCUUUGGCAGACAGUUAUUUCUACUGACCACCCCCAUAUACAUGAACGCUCCUUUGGCAGACAGUUAUUUCUACUGACCACCCCCAUAUACAUGAACGCUCCUUUGGCAGACAGUUAUUUCUACUGACCACCCCCAUAUACAUGAACGCUCCUUUGGCAGACAGUUAUUUCUACUGACCACCCCCAUAUACAUGAACGAUCCUUUGGCAGAC